GUUUCGGUCCUCUUUAGUUCCGUGCUACGUACCGGAAGUGAACCUAAUGAAGAUUUCUGUCUGUACGCUGCCAGUGUUGGAGGUCAUAGAGUUGUAACUGGGUCCAGCCAUGGGCGGGGAUCACGGGCACAGUAAGAUGUCCAUGCCAGACUACAGAAUAUGGAAGUGGGAAGGGACGCCGCUCGAGUUCACACAGCAGCGGCUGGCGCGUAGGGGGCUGAAGGAUCCUUGGGCACGGAAUGAAGCAUGGAGGUACACGGGCCAAUUUGGUGUUCCCAUUACCCUUCGGGAUGUGCUCCUGCGUGGAUUUAAAGGAGGAUUCAUCGCCUUCGCAGUUGCCCUUGCUGUGGAGUACACAUUCUUCCCCCCUAAGAAGUCGGAGCACUGAUGGCCGCGUUGUCUGCAGGAGACACCUGAACUCCAGCUGGAGCUCCUGCCACCAGACUUGUUUUUCCUUUGGCUGCUAAGCCAUUUGACUUGACAGUUACUCUGUCAUUCUGUCACAUUAUUAUAUAUGCUGUAAUACGAUAAACACCGAAACCAUAAUAAACAUAACUUAUGCUACUA